UGUGGCUAUGGUUUUGCCCUAAAAUCUGUAGAUAUAAUACAGAUAAUUGUGGGAAUUGGUUGGUCCUCCAAAUUGGACAAGCAGUGUGUCCAUGUGCUUUGUAUCAGAUGCUCAGAUGUAGAAAAUUAUAUAUAUAAAGCUCUUCAUUCUACAAUUAGGUGUCAUCUGCAUCAAACCAAAAAAUCUGGUUCAUCAGGGGUUCAUUUUUCCUGGAUUUCACUUGGAUGGAUUGGAGUUAAGAAAUUCAGAGUUAGAGCAAUGAUAGAUGAAAUGAAUGAGAAGACAACUUUAAAUGCAAAUUUAUUAAAUCAAGGCCCAAAUGAUACAUUUGGACAAGUGAUGGGUAAAGAAAAACAUGGACGAGUUUGCAUGUAUGGAUUAGGUGUCUCCCCGUCUAAUUUAUGGAGAGAUACAUCUAGUCAUAAAACAAACCAAGACACAACAAUGGAUGCUAUGGAAGUUGAAAAUUCGGAGUUAAGGUCCAAAGUUUUCCAUGUUAAGCAUGCUCCGAAUAACUUGACAAGGACAUCUCACCAGGUCAUAACAGCUUCUAGCCCUCUUGACAUGGCAGCUCGACAUCAAGUAUGGUCCUUGUCAUCGAUACAAGACGCCUCUCUUACUCAAGUACCUACUAAGAGCUAAUCAUAUAUUGUGGACCUAAAUUUAUUUUAGAAUAGCAUGCAAAACUUGUCUUACAAUUAACCAAGGAAUGAAUAUU